UACCCACGAACUUUACCGAGUACUUGAAAAAUCCAUCAUUAAAUUAUUUUUAUUUAUUUCUCAAUCAGUAGCACGACAUCGUUCAGUCAUAACAGUCACGUGUAUUUAAUAUUGUACCGUUUUAUUGAACAGCUGCCACCUAAACCUCAACGCAGAUCCUCAUUUUGAAUAAUUUCAAGCGAUCAUGAUAAUUACGUAGUUAAAAAAAGUAAUUUCUUAUUGUUAAUCUGAUUAGAUAACAGCCAUCGACGCUAAUGAUACAAAUUAAAUAUAAAAUACUGAUGUAGCCUACAAAAUAGUCAUGAUAUAGCCACGGAAAGUUUGUGUUAGAAGUUAUUAACUCAGUAACAAAAUACCCGUAAAUAUUUAUAAUUUCAUUCAACACACGGUAUUAUAUUUACGAUAAUAAAUAAACUCGACAGCUUAUCGGUUACAAUUUAAAGACAAGUAAUAAUAAGUAACGAGGAUCUAAUUACACUUGACUGACGAUACUCGCCGAUUAGUCGGACAGAAUUGUGCAAGGACACACAGACAUGCGAUAAUAAAAAAAUUAUUGUAAUAUAUAUUUAAUAUUACUGUUAUAAACCCAAUGAAAAGAUAGAGACAUGACAGUACCUGUAAGAGUUCGUGUGAAAGAAGUAUUAGUUAGAAAACUUCCAAUAUUAGGAUGGCUGCCACUCUAUACCUGGGGUAAAUUUCUGCAGGAUGCGCUGGCAGGUAUUACGGUCGGAUUGACGGCAAUACCACAGGGUAUCGCUUAUGCAGUCGUUGCCGGCUUACCUGCUCAGUACGGGCUGUACAGCAGCUUUGUGGGCUGCUUUGUUUAUCUGAUUUUCGGUAGCGUCAGAGAAGUAACCAUUGGCCCAACGGCUAUCACGGCUUUGUUGGUUCAACCCUUUGUACUUAAGUUUGGUAAUGAUUUUGCGGUUCUGAUGUGUUUUCUCUGCGGAUGCAUAAUAACACUGAUGGGGCUGCUGCACAUAGGAUUUUUAGUUAAUUUUAUAAGUAUGCCGGUAAUUUGCGGGUUCACGAAUGCCGCGGCAUUAAUUAUAGGAGCUUCCCAACUGCAUACAUUGUUUGGUAUCCAAGGAAGAACGGAGACUUUUAUUGACUCUAUUGUUAAAGUUGGUAAAAAUAUUAGAGAAAUUAAAUUGUGGGAUACUGUGCUAGGAGUUGCGUCGAUAAUUACUCUAGUUUGUCUUAAGCAACUACCAGGCAGUAGAUCAGGAUCGCCAGUGAAAAAAAUAAUGUGGCUAUUGUCCUUGGGAAGAAAUGCCGUGGUGGUGAUAGCGGGAAUUAUUUUAGCGUAUACAUUGUCAUUGUAUGAUAACAAUCCGUUUCAUAUAACGGGAAAUAUAACUGAAGGACUGCCAGCAAUAAAACUCCCGCCUUUUUCAACGGAAUUCAAUAACACGAGGUAUGAAUUUACGGACAUGGUGAGAGAACUCGGUGGCAGUUUGGCAUCGGUCUCUUUGAUCGCUAUCCUUGAAUGCAUUGCUAUUGGCAAAACUUUUGCUAAAGGAAAAUCGCUGGAUGCAAAUCAAGAGAUGAUAGCGUUAGGUCUCUGUAAUUUAUUAGGUAGUUUUGUUAGAUCGAUGCCAGUUACUGGGAGUUUCACAAGAACUGCCGUUAAUUAUGCGUCGGGAGUGAAGACACAGAUGGGCGGCAUUGUCACCGGGUCUCUGGUACUUCUGGCAUGCGGAUUACUGACAUCGACCUUUAAAUUUAUUCCAAAAUGUACUCUCGCUGCCGUUAUUAUUGUUGCCAUGUACUACAUGCUGGAGUUUCACAUUUUCCGCGUGCUCUGGAGAACUAAAAAAAUUGAUAUUUUACCCCUAUCAGCGACACUUGUUUGCUGUCUGCUGAUAAGUCUAGACUACGGAAUGAUAAUUGGGAUCUUAAUAAAUCUUAUUCUGCUUCUGUACUUCGCUGCAAGACCAAAUCUCGCUAUCGAGGAACGAAACAUUGAAGGAACUGAAGUUCUUCUGGUCGUUCCCGAGCAGUCAUUGAGUUUUCCAGCCGCAGAAUAUUUGCGCGAACGUGUCAUCGAGUGGUGCGACAAAAAAUCCGCUGUUCCAGUUAUCAUUGACGGGAGAUUUAUUCACAGGAUAGACACCACCGUUGCCAAAAAUAUCGGUCUCCUUCAAGCAGACCUAGAAGCCAGAAACCAAAAAUUAAUAUUCUGGAAUUGGUGCGAUAGCGCUAAAAAUACUUUGGUAAAUUUUGACAAAAAUUUAAGUAUUUACUUCCGGAACUCUAGUAACGUAGCGCAAUUACUGUCAGAUGAAAUUUUAACCACGACAAUAAUAUCAGCACUUUAAUCAAACAAUUAUUUGAAAUCUAUAUGAAUUAAGUAUUUUUUUAUUGAAUAAAAAAUUUUUUUACACUAGCACUAGAUUUAAAUUAAAUUUCCUAACCUCACUCACAAAAAA